CGAAAGGAAAUUUAAAAUGGCUGGAUUCUGGAUUUCAGUUUUGGUCUUUAGCACCAUGUAUCCAGUCCAGUCUGGUAGACACCAGGUUACUACACAAUCCUCAGAGCCAGAUGUUUAUCAGCCUGAUAAGAAACUCAUCGUGGAUAUCGGAGCCUCGGUGACUCUGCAGUGUUUUAUUUUUGAAGUCGAAGUUGAAGAAAUGAUCUUUUUUAAGCAACAAAACAGAAAACAGCCUCGAAUAAUCGUCAGAUUCUUUAACGCUGCUCGAGAAACGUUUUACAAUGAAUUCCAAAAUCCUCGUUUCCAGAUUAAAAAACAUACAAACUGCUUCAAUCUGACCAUUUUAAACACCACGCUGUCUGAUGAAGCCGUGUACUACUGUGCACUGACGAGACCCGACCCUGUGUUUGGAGAAGGAACUGAUUUAAAAUUUAAAGGUCAGAGUUUUACCACUGAAUCAGAAACAUCAAAACCAGCUCUGUGUGAUCACAACACGAACAUGAACACACAAGAGAAAACAGUGCUCGGUUUGGGAACGGCUUUGGGUUUGUGUGCACUUCUGAUUUUCUGCCUCUUUUAUUUCAUACUGAGGAGAAGAAAAUGGGAUAAAAUGAACACUUCUGUAGAAGAUUCUAAAGGAAUGAAUCAGGUACGUGAAUCUGAAGCUGAAACACUGAAUUAUGCAGCUUUGAAAUUCUCUGAGAGGAAACCCAAAGCUGGAAAAAAGAAAACUGACUCUUCGGAUGAGUGUGUGUACGCCGAUAUCCAGUCCAACCCGGGAGACGCUGGGUUGCUGCACAAUCCCUCACAGAGUCAGGAGUUUAUCAGCCUGAUAAAGAGCUCAGUGUGGAUAUCGGCGACUCGGCGACUCUGCAGUGUUGUCUUUCUGAAAAAGUAG